UGCAAGACCCUGUUCAUGUUUUGGAUCGAUGAUGAUUUAGAUUACUUUUAUAGAAACAUUUUAUAACUUUGCCUUAUGAAAAUAUUGUCUAUUUAUUAUGUUAUCGAAGACAUAAAUGCAACAAAAGUCUUAAGAAAUAAAUGUGACCCUAAGAGCGAAUCAAACUCUAAUGCGGACCAAAAAGCGAACUCUGCUUCAUCUAAAAACUUUUCUUCUGAGGUUUUGUGUCGAUUCCUUCAGGAGCUUUUGGUGCAGCGCCCCCACAGGCGAGGCGGAGAACAGGUUGUUAAACUAGUUUGGAUCGUUUGACACAGUGUAGUGUGAAAGUGAACCACAGCAGCUGAAAAUGUAACAAAUGUUGCAAUUUUGGUCCCCAAUCAAACCAAAUCAAACCGCAGUAUCAGCUGUGAAAACAGCCUUAGGGUUUGUCUCCAGCAGCUUUGCAAAUGUUGAAAUGUGUCGGCUUGUUGUAUCACAGCGGUGAGGACAGGCUUGUUAGAGAAGGAGGAAAUGUUUCCCAGAACAGCUUAAGCAAUAAAACAUCCACAGGGCGGUUAUCGUUUCGCACCAGACUCUCAGGUUGCUUUAAAAUACGUGAAGAGGAAGAGGAACCGUCUGAGCUGCAGCUGAUGCGAUUCAAAAGCUGCUCUGAUCAGUUUUCAGUUAUUUUCUGUGUGAAGGAUGGAGGACAACGGGAAUGAAGUCUGUUAUUCUACAGUCAAUAUCAAAAAUAGCAAACCUCCGACAGGCACUGAGGAGGAUUCAACCGUUUACUCUGAAGUGAAACAAAAGAAAGCUGCUCCUGCUCAAACAAGUCAAGAGAAAGAAGAAACAGCAGCGCUCUGUCGUUCCCGUCUGAUGCUGGUGUGUUUGGGGAUCCUCUGUGUCCUGCUGGUCGUGAGCAUCACCGUCAUCGUCUACAUGAGCAGGAAGACGACCAUGCAGCAGACAGAAAUCAAUAACCUAAUCAAAGAAAAUGAGCGAGUGACUGAGGAAAAUAAAAUGAUGCAGAACAAAAACAAGGAGCUGAGCCGAGAGAGAGAUGACCUGAACAAGACUCUGCGAAUCAUCCAGAAGUUUGACAACUUUCCUGUAAAAGACUACUGUUCUGACAAAGGGUGUAAACCGUGCCAGAAGAACUGGGUUCUCUUCCAGGAAAAAUGCUACUUUUUUUUUGAAGAAUCAGCUCAUUGGAAAACCUGGAGUAAAAGUCGAGAUUUCUGUCACGACAAACGUGCAGAUUUGGUGGUUAUUGAUGAUCUGGAGGAGCAGAAAUUUGUCAGCAAUCACACCAAAUACUACUAUGACGAUUUCCACGGAUACUGGAUGGGAUUACAACAAACUAACAACACCUGGACCUGGGUUGAUGGACGAAGAGACACUCUUGGGUUCUGGAUGAAGAAGAAUCUCGGGACGCCAGGUCCAGUUGCACUUCUGAUCCCAGGGGGAAAUCUCACAGAGAACUGGAACAAAGCAGAGAAGAAGUUUGAGAACAAAUUCAUCUGUUCUGGACGAAGGAGGCGCACAGUAAACCAGAACCAAGAGCACUGCUGGUCCCAUGGAGAAACCACACAGAGAACUGGGAGAUAGAAACAGGAGGUUUUCUCUGCAAAUUCAUCUGUGAGCACGAAGCUGUUAUUUGCUCCGUCUGACUGUUCAGGCAGGAAUACGGUUCAAACUGCCUGAGCUUUAACCUCCUGAAGCCUUUAGAUGUUUCUUCAGUAUUUCCACAUAAUGUUCUUUCCUCUAUUUUAUGAAGUUCACCUGCAGUAAACAGCCCCACAACAUAAUGCUGCCACCUCCAUGUUUCACAGUUGGGAUGGUGCUCUCAGGAUUGUAAGCUCCCAAAGGACAUGUCUCCUUCUAUGUGCAUCUGCAAACUUCAAUCUGCUUUUUAAUGUUUCUUUUGAAGUGAUAGCUUCUCCCUGGCAGAGUGUCCAGUUUUAAAAAUUGUUGGUGCCAACCUGAACCGGUCUCUGUUUGCUUGCUGUUGUUGAACUUGUUGCUGUGAUACUGAGCCACACCAGGUUGGUGCCAUAAACACGGAUCCACGUAACCACAGGCAGCGCCAGCAGUCAUUGUAACCAGGCGCCAUUUCAAAGAAGACUCUUAAUUUAUAACGAGACAAAACGUGUCUCCAAAUAAGCUGAGUGAAGUUGCCGCGCCCCUAACUUCUUCAAAUCUGACAAGACUGGUGUCAAAUAUUUCUGCUGUGAAGGUUUUUGCUUGUGCCGCUAUAAUUUUAAGGAUAUUAAUAGAGAAGUUGCCAGAGGUCAACAGAGGUCAUCAUCAAUAUCUUAAAAACAAAAGCAGCACAAAUGUUUGCCGAGUUAAUUGUUUGAUUUUAUAAAUGUGAGCGGGGAGGUUGACCUCUGAUGACCUCUGGAAACUUUUUUAUUAACAAAAUGAAAGCAGCACAAAGGAACAUUUUGCUGCACCAACAUUUGACACAUUAAUAUGUUAGAUUUGAAAACGGAGGGAGGAAAAGUUCACUCAGACUUCCAAAAACUGGGAUGUAAACUUGAUUGAUUGAUUGAUUGAUUGAUUGAUUGAUUGAUUGAUUGAUUGAUUGAUGUGGUGAGUAGAGUUCGGUCGUGGCGUUCUGCAUUUACUUGAAUAACUUUGUGAAAUAACUGCUUUGCUACUCUGUG